GGGGCCCUCCAGUGGGCGAGCAGCGCGGGGCCGGAGCGCGCGGGAAGCGCAGGCCGGGCUGCGGGUUCCGUCCGCGCUGCGCAAUGGCUGUCUCGGUGCCCGGCUACUCGCCCAGCUUCAAGAGGCCGCCGGAGAUCGUGCGGCUCCGCCGGAAAAGGCCUCGGGACCGCGGCGCCGCCGUGCCCCCCGCACUGCCGGAGCCCACGCCCCGCCGCGCCGCGCUGGCGGCCGGGCUGCCCCUGCGCCCCUUCCCGACCGCGGGCGGCAGAGGCGGCGCCGCCACCGUCGCCCGCAGGAACCCUUUCGCCCGCCUGGACAACCGGCCGCGGGUCGCCGACGAGGCCCGCGAGGAGCCGUCCCGGGGUCCGCAGGGAGCUCCGGGCUCGCAUUUAGAUUCUAAUGAAGAAAAUAAUUUGCUAUGGGCGGAAGCGUCUCAUGAAAGAACUGUCACCGAACUCUCCCAGAGUCAACACGUAUCAUUCUCUGAGUCAGAUACGACUCCUUCAGAAGGUACUGAGUUACCUGCGGACUGGAGUAUUAAAACCCGACUCCUUUUUACCUCUCCUCAACCCUUUUCCUGGGCAGAUCAUUUGAAGGCACAGGAAGAAGCCCGAGGUCUUGUUCAACAUUGUAGGGCAGCAGAAGUUACUUUACCCCAGAGUGUACAGGAUCCCAAGCUCUCGACUGAGCUACGAUGUGCCUUCCAGCAGACCCUCGUCUACUGGCUUCACCCCGCCUUCUCAUGGCUGCCGCUGUUCCCUCGCAUUGGAGCUGAUAGGAAAAUGGCUGGAAAGACGAGUCCAUGGUCAAACGAUGAAACUCUACAACAUACUCUCAUGAGUGACUGGUCUGUGAGUUUUGCUUCCUUGUAUAAUCUGUUGAAAACAAAGCUUUGCCCCUUUUUCUACGUUUGUACCUACCAGUUCACUGUCCUGUUCCGGGCAGCAGGGUUAGCCGGAAGUGACGUGGUCACAGCAGUCAUAUCACCUACAACUAGAGGUCUGAGAGAAGCUAUGAAAAAUGAAGGUAUUGAAUUCUCUCUGCCUUUGCUCGAAGAGAGUGGCCAUAAGAGGAAAACACGAGAAGCAAAUCUGGAGUGUGAGGAGGAGCAAGCAGCCAGUGAUGAAGAUGAAGAGGAGAGCUUUUCUUGGUUGGAAGAGAUAGGUGUGCAAGAUCAAAUAAAAAAGCCAGACAUGAACUCUAUCAAGCUACUUAGAGAAAAACAUGAAGUGCAAAUGGACCACAGACCUGAGUCUGCCGUCCUGGUGAAAGGACUCAACACCUUCACAUUGCUCAAUUUUUUGAUCAACUGCAAGAGCUUAGUUGCCACCUCAGGUGCACAAGCAGGCCUCCCUCCGACACUUUUAUCCCCAGUAGCCUUCCGCGGUGCCUCCAUGCAAAUGCUGAAGGCACGAAGCAUGAAUGUAAAGACAAAUGCUCUUUCUGGAUACAGAGACCAGUUUAGUUUGGAGAUCACAGGUCCCAUCAUGCCUCACGCUCUGCAUAAUGUGACCAUGCUCCUCCGGUCUUCACAAAGGGGAUCGUUCUCUGUUGGGAUGCAUGCACAUGAGCCAACUGCUGUGUUCAAUACCUGCCUGCCACCGAGUAGAGACCCGCAUACAAAAGUUACUCAUAAGGACCUUGCUAACUGUGGACUGCACCCCAAAACCCUGGAGCAGCUCAGUCAAAUACCAUUGCUGGGGAAAUCAUCCUUACGGAAUGUGGAAAUGAGUGACUACAUUUUUAAUUGGAGAUCCUGAACACCAAAAUUCACAAAAAUAUGAUGACAAUUGUGUAGUCACUCCUUCCGGAGGACGCUGCCGGCUGGCUUCUGGGAAGGAAGACGACGCUAUGGCAGAGGGGACGCCAUCUGAGGAGUGGUUUCCACAACAGGGACUUAGCAGUUUCGUCGUGUCAUGACAGCACACUCCCGUGCAAGACAGGGGAUUAGGGAUGACAACAAGGAUAAAUUUUAGCCCUUGUGAAGAUAAAAUCCUGUCAUCUUUGCUGCAGUGUUUUUUGGUCAAGACUGAAGACCCAUAAACUCCAACUGUACUUAUUAAAACAAGAGAUGGUUUUUAAAAAAAUGCUAUCUUACCAUUUAGGAAAAAAUUUUGCAUUACUCUUUAAAAAUUAUAUUAUUUGAAGCCCCAAAGAAAUCAGAAGGGUCAAUGCUCCCAGAGCAUGUCAACAUAAGUGCUGCGCUGGUAGAAAGAACACCAACUCUACAAAUAGUACACUUAGAUGGUAAUUAAGUAACAAGUUGAAUAUUAUGUAUUUUCAGUUUCCUUGGGCACCUUUGACAUUGCUACAGAAAUACAUAUAUGAAAGCAAAACAAUUGUGGUUCCUUCCUAAAGUUUGGAAUUCUUUUCGUUAAAACUGAAGUUAACUUGCACCCUUUUUGUCUUCUCUUUAUAUAUGGAUCUUAGUUCUCACACUGCAUUCAUCUUCCCAAGAGAUAUUAUGCUUUAUUCAUCUGACCCACUGGUAGAACAGUCCUUCUGUUUCAGCGUGUCCAUCUUCUCAACACUACCCCUUAAUUAGAAUCUAUCCUUGGAUGGGAGACAAGGCUAAACCAUCACUUCCAAUGUUGAGACUGAAAAUGGCAGUCAUAAAUUUUAGUAAUAAACUUUCUUCAAAAAGUAAAAUCAACAUGCACUAAGCACUUUCCCCAUGGUUCAACAGAAGUUAAAAAUCAUAGUCAUUUUCUCAAGAAAAAUGUAAGAAUUCUACAAUAAUUCUAAGUCUCUGCCUAUGUUCUUCCCAAAUGAUUAAUAAUGUAAUAAACUACUAAAAGCGUAUCUAUCAGGACAUCUAAUUAUGUACAGCCCUCACCUGAUCUGAUUUGUAUCCAGCUACUACAAAAAGAUUAAGUUAGCUACAAAUGUCAGUUCUUUCCCUCCUGAAAUGUGGAAGUAGCCUGAUUUGGGGAUUAGUAAACGAGCACUAAUUUGUUUCAACUAAAGCGCUGUCCAAACCAGAUACCCUUCUCACUGGUGAUGGUUUUAUUUGCUUCAGUUGUUGAACUCCAUGUGAAUACAGACCACCACCCUUAACUGCAAAUAAAGUUAGCUGCACUGGCCAGUUAUGUUCAUCAGUAUUGCUAUGUUCCCUCUCAAAAUGCCGCAGGUCAAAAAAACACAGUGAAAAUGUCGCCUGUGAAAAUGUCUGGGGAAAAGUACUGCAUGAAAAAUUUUCUGAUUUGAGUUCUGUUCACUUUGACAUUAUAAACAAGAUUUAUCUGUAGAAUUGGAAGUGUCUACUGGAAAAUGUUUAUGGCCAAUGUAGGGAACCUCAGGUGAAGAGUAGAGGUCUCUCAGACACACAUAUCCCAGAACUGGAAAAAAAAAAAAAGGAGUCCAUAAGGGCAUAAGGUAUCUUAAAUCCAAUCCUUGGACGAAUGUCAAGGCUUUGGAAACCGAGGGCAAGGUGACGACUGUUAGUCUCUAAAUCCCACCUCCCCUAGUCAAGUCUCCACCCUCCCAGAUCCCCAAGCGUGAUUUUGCACAACAAGUUAAAUAAAAGUAAACUGUUUAUUAAAAGACACAGCAAAGAUACAGAUACAGAGAUACAUACAAAGAUACAGAUAUAUAUAUAUUUACAUAUAUAUACAGUUUUGCUGUUCUCAUGUGCACUGUAUUUAGCAGCACAUAACUUAAUCAGGCGGCAUUUUAAUGGGGUUGUUUUGACAUUUGGCAUUGUUACUGUGUCAUUUUGACAAGAUACAACUAUUGCCUUGAGAAAUUUCAAUGUAUAAAUUCCACUCUUCCAACUUUUAAUAGUAGCAAAGAGGGAAAGGAGAAGGGAAUGAAGAACCAAGGCUGAACACUAGGUUAAACACAAGAAUUCAAAAGGGCUAAGGUAGCACAAGGAAGGGAAAAUCACUGAAAUCAAAGGCUAUCUGAAAACCCAGAGAAAUAGUAAGAAACCAUCACUUAAGUAAGGGCAAUAGGCUAUGUACCCAAGAUGUUCACAUCAGCCUACAAUGACUUUUUCAAUUCAGUUCUUGUGUUGAACCUGAGGAUCUGCCUUCUCUCCCCCUCAAUCCCUCCACCCAAUACACUUGCUACCACCAAAAUCUAGAGCUAUAGAGCCUUGAAGCAAAACGGGAAGCUAAAUAGUUGUACCUUGGGCUACCUUCCCACAAGUGCAUGGAGGGCCCAAUGUUGGGUAGGGAUGUGAUAACACUUUUCUCUGCAAUUCGAUGCUUUUCACUUUGUGGCUUCGUUCCACAAAGUGAAUUGCAUCGAGUUACUGUCAAAUGAGAAGCUGCGGGUUGUUUCAUCUGUCGUUUAACCCGGCCCUGCCGUUUAACCCGGCCCUAAGAAGAGUGAAACAGAAUCCAAAUCAGAUAUAAGAUAACAAUAAAAUGGAAGAUUCAGAUAUGCAAACAAACAAGUGAUGUCCCACUACUUACCUCUGAGGGUAAGCUGCUGCUGAAAACGUUGUCGUCAUCUUUGUUUUCUUCUCCAUUCUUUUCUACAGGAACCCACUCUCCAUAAACACUGUCAGCUUCUUUUUUCCGAUGUUGAGAUCCAGAUGACACAGGAAAUUCCUUUGUUAACGUUACUUGGCUUUUUGGUGGAGUUGGCUUUGCUGCAGCAAUCUAAAGUACAGUAUUUAAUUAGAAUCCAUUGUAACAGAUACCAUAAAUGGUUUCUAAAGAAUUUCAAUAAAUCUAAAGGAAAUGUU